AUGGCCGGCAACGACGACGACAAGAGGGAUCUCUUCUCCAAGUCGGGCAUCCUUCACCGCCCGUCCACCAUGGAUGACUUCGGCCAGGCUUCGUCAGCAUACGCCGGCGUUCAAGAUCCAGGGAGGGUUCUAGGCGGCCUCGAUCUGAACUCGCAGGUCGAGAGCUACCCCGAUUUGGAGAGGUACCAACAAAUCCUCCAACCUGAAGAAGAUUUCGGACACGGGCUACCCCCUAUUCGCCCAGGCAGCAGAUCCAGUGGUCUUUGCGGAAGAUUACCACAAGGAGGAAGCGGAGGAGCAAGCCGCAGCAAGUCUGCGAGCUCUGGCGCGGGAUCUAGCCGUCCGAUGCGGGGUUUCGUCCCCCCGGGCUCUGCUCUCGGUGGUGCAGGCCGUGGGCGCGCCGGAGGAGGUGGCAUUGGGGACCCCAUGGCAUACAACGCUCAUGUGUUCGGUGGUGGCGGCCGUGGCUUCUCCAUGCCACCUGGCACUCCAAGCUCCGGACGAGGUGGCAUUAGGGACCCCAUGGCGUAUGGCGGUGGCAUUGGGGACCCCAUGGCGUACGGCGCUGGCCGUGGCUUCUCCAUGCCACCGGGCGCUUUGAGCUUCGGAGGAGGUGGCCGCGGCCGAGCUUCGUCAUCUGCAGCACCUGUAGAGGAUGUUGACGAUGAUGACGACAUCGAAGACGAAGAUGAGAAUGCGCCUGAUGGAAAGAGUACAUUUGACAAGGCUAAUUGGACAGAAGAAAAUAUUUUUACAUUAUGUGACAUAGCUUGUGAAGAAGCUAGGGAUGGAAAUUGUCCCAAUGGAGUUUGGACAACUAGAGGAUAUCAGAAUUUGAAGACCAAAUUUUUUCAGAGGGCGCGACUGAGACACUCAUCCAAACAAAUUAAAAACAAAAUGAAUCAAUUGAAGAAAUGGUAUGUUGCUUGGGUGUGGCUGGGAACCAAGACCGGAAAAGGGAUAGUAGAAAAUGGUGAUUAUGUUGCACCAGCUUCGUGGUGGGCAAAGAGAAUCAAGGAAAACAAAAAUGCCAAGAAAUUUCAGUUUGGCAAUCCUGAGUACUUGGAUAUGCUUAUAGAGUUGUACCAAGGUGUGGCAGUAGAUGGAUCCACUGCAUACUUCCCUGGAGAUGAAGAAGAUGAGGGAUUUGUGCAGCCAGCUGGUGAUGAGGAUGCGGCCGGUGAGGGAUUUGUGCAGCCACCUGGUGGACGCUUUUCUGGUGAUGAGGGGUUUGUGCAGCCACCUGGUGGAUGCUUUUCUGGUGAUGAUGGAUUUGAGAACAGCCCCAUGAGCACCAGCAGCCGCAAAAGGGGGACUAGUUCUUGUGACAAUUCAACCGCCACUAGUCCUGGCAAGAAAAGUAAGAGCCCAGUGGUCAAGCUCAUGAGGGGUCUACUGACUUCUUUCCAGUCUGAUAGUGAAAAGUCUACUCAACUCAUAACUGAAUUAGUAAACAGAAAAGUCAAGUCAAGAGAGAAGAGUCAAAACAUCUUUGUUGAGGAGUUGACUCGGUGCCAGCAGUUGGCAAUAGAGUGUGGGGCACCAGAAGAGUCUGUUGAGUACUUUUGCGCAACACAAUUGUUUGCUGAGCCCCACAAUAGGAUCAUGUUUAUGAACAUGAAAUCUAAAGAGGCCAGGCUAGUGUGGUUGAAGAGGUGGUGCCAGCAAAAGAAUCUGAUGUAG